GGGGUCUUUCCGCCUCGCGUCACCACCUGCCCCUCUCUCCCCAUCGCUCUCUUACAUCAACAACCUCGCUCAUCAUCCUCCUUCCUCCUCCUCCCUCUCGCUCUCUACCACCAUCUCCCUCUCUCUCCGUCUCCCCGCGCAGCUGGCCGUGGUCUCCCCGGUCCCGUAGAGAAGACGCCACGGGCCUAGGGGCAACAGCAGGAGCAGCAGAAGGCCAGGACCUCGCGUCUCCCCGACCACCCCCCCCACCAGGUUUCCACCACGGCCUCCCGAGUUGUGACCAGGACUGUUGGAUACGCACGGUGAAGUUCAACAUACAGGAACUUACACUGGUCACUUGAUCAACAUUCUUCUUCGGCUGUAAGGUGGGCAGGAGAAGGCGGCGGCGGCGGCGGCAGUGCAGUCAGUGGGGUUCGUGUCCCCAUUGCUGUGGACCGAGGGCGAACUUUGUGAUUCCUUCCUGUGUGAAGCUGGCUUCCUCUAGGCGCUGCGGUUUCCUCCCACACGCAGCCAAAUACCCAUUAGUGGAAAUGGCUAAACAUCCCGAUGUCCAGGAUGUGUGGCCACAGAGGCUUUCCUGAGUAAAUGAAGGACAUCGAUGGUGGUGUUGCCAGCAGGACAUGGCCGGCACUUCGAGGAGCGAACCCCUGAGGGGUGCAGCGACGAGCGCCCCACCGGCGCGCUACCGCGCCGAGCGCGUCAGCGGACUCAAGCAGCUUCUCAGAGCCAUCAAGCAGGAGGAGGACGAGGAGGAAGAGGACGAAGAGGCCGGGCAGGGUGACGAUAACGAGGAGCAGCGGAGUUGCGAGGACUGCUGGAGCCCAGGAGAUGCAGCAGAUGACUCCAAUUCCGACGCCGAGAGCGACUCUGGCGAAGCGGCGGUGACCGCGGCGGCCGUCGCUUCGAGCACGUCCCCGGUAGUCCCGUCCCCGGCAGCCCCCUCCUCAGCCGAGGACUCCACCUCUUCCUCGUCGUCAUCGGCGAGGGACUGCUCGUCCAGGGAGAGCUCGACCGAGCGCCGGUUGCCGAGCGGAGAUGCCCCGGAGCGGGGGGAAGCUGCCCCUCCACCCGACCCGGCCCAGGAAGGCACUGGCGACGCUAACGACAAGGUUCCGCCCGAAGAGGAGGGGGCGCCGCAACCGACCGACCGGGACGAGUCGCGGGAAGCGGCGAGCGGCGUGCUCGACGAGAGCAAGAGGAAAGGUGGGAAGAAGCGGCGCGCCAAAACCCGAGCGUCGCGAGCCGGCAAAGCCAAGGAGAAGCCGUACAGCUGCGAGCAGUGCGGCAAGGGCUUCAAGACGCUGAACUACUUCAACCACCACAAGGGGAUGCACGGGGAGCAGCAGCAGCAGCCGUUCAAGUGCGCGGUGUGCGGCCGCGCGUUCAUGCAGUCGUCGGCGUUCACCAAGCACAUGCGGAAGCACAACGGCGAGAAGCCGUUCCUGUGCCUGCAGUGCGGCAAGAGCUUCGCCCAGUCGUCGUACCUGGCGCAGCACAUGCGCAUCCACACGGGCGACAUGCCCUACGCCUGCGACGUGUGUGGGGAGAAGUUCAACUACUCGCUGUCGCUCAAGUUUCACAAGCUGAAGCACACGGGCGAGAAGCCCUACAUGUGCGACGAGUGCGGCAAGACGUUCUCGCGCUCGGCCUACCUCUACAUCCACCGACGGACGCACACGGGCGAGCGGCCGUACGCGUGUGGCGUGUGCGGGAAGCGCUUCACCCAGUACUCGUCCAUGUCGCUGCAUCGCAAGUCGCACUCGGACGAGAAGCCGUACAUCUGCGAGGUGUGCGGCAAGGCCUUCGCCAACUCGGCCUACCUGGGGCAGCACCGCCGCAUCCACACGGGCGAGAAGCCGCACGUGUGCAACAAGUGCGGCGUGGCGUUUUCCCACACGUCGCACCUGGCCCGCCACCGCACGGUGCACAGCGGCGUGAAGCCGCACGCCUGCCAGCAGUGCGGGAAGGCGUUCGCGCGAGCCUCGUACCUAACGCAGCACAUGCGCAUGCACACGGGCGAAAAGCCCUUCGUGUGUCCCGUUUGCGGCCGUGGGUUCUCGCAGUACGCGGGACUCAACUACCACAAGAAGACGCAUUCCUCAAAAUGACGGGGGGAGGAGAUGGGUGGCAGCUUGGAAUCUUCGGUUGGUCGAUGUCAACCGCAGAUGGACCCCUGCUGCCGGGAUCCUGCUUUAGUUGAACUGCUUACAGAAUUCUGUGCAAGCUUUUUGCAAAGGUAGGGCGAGUUCAAGUUCGAGUUUAUUUCGUGUCACUUGGGUGAGAACUCCAAAGUCUCAUUUGCAAGGGUGACCUGGGUCACCACGGUAACAAAAGCAGAAACAAAACAAAUGCACUGCCCCGAGGACUGUGCUCUUUAUUCGAAGCAAGAUAAUCCCGUGGCCAUCACUGCACAUUUUGCGAUGUUUGAUAAAAGUAAAGGUUUACGAUGAGCAAUUCGACCAACCUUAAGUAUUGAGAAUACCUUUUUUUAAGGAGAGACUGAACCUCAAAAAACAUACGACCGUUCUCAUCUCUUGUAGUAGACAUGUACCUAGUCUGUGUGUCCCAGGCUCUGCAGCACGAGUUUGAAUCUUAGUAGUGAAGCAAAGAUAUAUCGCGAAUUAUGUCACUCCAGUACAUUUUUAUAGUCUGCAGCAAUGCAACACAAUGUAGAUUCAUAUAGCUCCCGAAAAUAUGACCGCAUCUCAAGACGCUGUACAAAAAACAGUAGAUAUAGGCAGAAGAGGAAGAAGGUCUUGAGUCGCUGGAUCGGGGAGUUCCAAACGUUGUUGGGAGCAGAGCAGCAGAAGAGAAUGUGAGCUCCCGAUGUGUGACAUCGCUGCCAGAGUACGCUACGUCAACACGCUUGACUUAACGUUGAAGCACAUUCCUCCCAUUAACAACGAUACACACUCGUGUUUGACAGCCAUGGACACACAGCCAAGGAAUAUAUCUACCAGACAAAAUAAAAUCUCGUCAAAAUUUUGCUCGCUUUUCAAAAUUCCGGUCAGCUGAAAAAUAAAAUCAAUUGGUAUAUUUUGCCCACGUGAGAAGUUGAUUUGAUUGGCUGUCAGGUACUGAAGGGUUAUAGUUAGAUAUUGACAUAUCCACACGAUCUAUUCCAAAAGAAAUGUAUUAUGUAUCAAAAUAAGUUCGUGUUUUUGGUUGACUUAUGUUUGCUUUUGUUCAGUUGAAUGUUUUUUGCUGCGUUUGGCAGAUCCGGAAGGAAUGUCAAUCUCACUGGGAGUGGAUUGUCGGACACAAUGGCACUCUGGUGGAAUGGCAGCGAACUAUUUAUAACGCGCAGUGGUCUCGAUGGCGCACGUGAAGCGCGGUGUUUUAUGGAUAACGUGAGCGGAGUCGACGGGAGUGGUGCGGAGGGUUCCAUCAAAUGUGAGUUUAGUACCGAAUGUGUCAAUGCUCUGAAACGUAAGCAUUAGUGUAAAAAUUCAUUUUAAAACAUGUAAAUGUGAGCUUGGUAUUUUAUACAUAAUGUAAAAAGCUUGAUCAUGAAGAUGUAACUUAUUUAAUAUUAGCGUAUACACUUACUGUAUCUAAUAAUCGUGACAAAGUGACAAGUAGUUCUCUAAAUAAAACACACAUCGGCUUGUA